AUGACUGAUGCUCCCAAGUAAGUUGAUUUUUAUGCUUUUUUGUUUGAGUUUAGGUAAAAUCGUUAGUACAUGAGAUGGAAAAGAAAAAGGAUUUUCUAAUGAUGUAAUAUGCAAAAGUGUAGAUUGAAAAUUAAUUUUAAUAUUUGGAUAUUGAUUUAGACUGUCUAAUUAUGUAAACAAUUUCUAGUUUUUUUUGAAUUUUAGUUGAGGUUCAGGGUUUUGUAGAAAACUGUACGCUUGCUUAUGAGUCACUUCAGUUUUUUAUUGCGAAAUCAUAGAUUUUUAUAUGUUUUCCAUGAUUAAAAACACUUUGAUGUUGAACAUGAUCAGUUACCUAAAUUUCAAAAUUAACAAAAUCGAUAAUAAACUUCCAAUUUUUAAAAAAUUAGGUAUUUAUUUUAGUUUAAGAUUAUAAAAUCUAUAUUGUUGUUUUUUAGCAAUGUGAACAGUACUUCCCUGGGUGGUGACACCGUCAUCGAAUCCAACUGCAAUGAAGUCUACGAGAAGUUUGACCAGAUGAACUUGAAGGAAGAGUUGGUCCGUGGUAUCUUCUCGUUCGGUUUUGAAGAGCCGUCCGCUAUCCAACAACGUGCCAUCGUACCAUGCUGCUCUGGCCGUGACGUGAUUGCCCAAGCUCAAUCUGGUACCGGUAAGACCGCCACUUUCUCCAUCUCGGUCCUUCAACGUGUCGACGAGAAGAAGGACAAGGUCCAGGCCCUGAUCAUGGCCCCAACUCGUGAAUUGGCCCAACAAAUCCAAAUCGUCAUCCGCGCUUUGGGAGACUACUUGAAGGUCAAGGUUCACGCCUGUAUUGGAGGAACCAACGUCAGGGACGAUCAGAGAAAGUUGGAGAGCGGAGUCCAAAUUGUCGUUGGUACUCCCGGUCGUGUUGCCGAUUUGAUCCAACGUAACGCGUUGAGUGAGUUUUGUUUUCUCAUUUUCUUAUUUUAGGCAUGGCUUUUUAUCUCUAGUCCAGCGUUAUAAUUCAACAUUUGUUACCUAAAAUCUUUUUCAGAAACCGAGGACAUCUGCAUGUUCGUGUUGGACGAAGCCGACGAGAUGUUGUCUCGUGGUUUCGCCGAACAGAUCCGUGAUGUGUUCAAGUCCAUGCCAUCCACCGUUCAAUCGGUUCUGUUGUCGGCUACUAUGCCAGCUGAGGUCUUGGAUGUCACCAAGUCCUUCAUGAUUGAUCCAAUCAGAAUCUUGAUCAAGAAGGAGGAGUUGACUCUUGAAGGUAUCCGUCAAUUCUAUAUCAAGAUCGACGAAGAGGCCUGGAAGUUCGACACCUUGUGCGACUUGUACGAUACUGUCAACAUCACACAGGCCGUCAUCUUCUGUAACACUCGCCGGAAGGUCGAGGACUUGAGCGAGCAGAUGAAGAACAAGAAGUUCACCGUUUCCAGCAUGGUAAGUUUUGGAACUUCAUGAAUUUGGGAUAUUUUAGUAGAUUCUCAGUCUUUCAACUUUUUGUUUGAUUAGUUGUUUUUGAUUGAUAUUGUUUUAGGUUUAUUCGUUUUUUAUUGAUUGACAAUUUAUUUUUUGAAUUUCAGCACGGUGACAUGGAUCAAAGCGAUCGUGACAUCAUCAUGAGAGAGUUCCGUUCCGGAUCUUCCCGUGUGUUGAUCUCUACUGAUCUGUUGGCUCGUGGUAUUGACGUACAGCAGGUAUCUGUUGUCAUUAACUACGAUUUGCCCGCCAACCGCGAAAACUACAUUCACCGGUAAGAAUUGUCUUCUUUACCAUCUAUCUUUAGCAUUUGAUGCAAAAGAGGGUAUUAAUGAUAAAAUUUUACUAACUUAAUGCAUUCUAAUGCGAAAUUACUAGAAGCAAGUCUUAAUAACAUAAUAUUUUUAGUAUCGGUCGAUCAGGUCGUUUCGGACGUAAGGGAGUAGCCAUCAACUUUGCCACCACCCAAGACUGUCGUCUGAUCAAGGAAAUCGAAGAAUACUACAACACCCAAAUUGACGAGAUGCCCUCCAACAUCGCCACCUACUUCUAA